AACGCACAAUAUACCUCCUACAUACGUAGCCCCAUUCCCCAGUUGUUGCCAAAGGGGCAUUGUUUCGGUUAGCUUUAAAGCUGCUCGAGUGUCUAGCGCCCCUUACCAGAACCCACCCGCUUUGCCAUGGAGUCGCAACGCCUGCUGCUGUUGCUGCCGCUCCUACUAAUGCUGGGACUGAGCUGUUGUCGAGCCAACAAUCGUCUGAACGUCGAGAAUAAUUACAGAAACAUGAUGGUGCGUCUCGCCACCAAUCGGGAGGCAACUCGCGGCGAGGUGAGAGUUCUACGGGAGGGACGCGUCGAGGUGAGCUUCGACUUUGGCGCCACUUGGGGCACCAUUUGCAGCACUAGUUGGAGCAUGCGGGAGGCGAAUGUCGUGUGCCGCCAGCUGGGAUUGGGCUUUGCCUCAAAGGCCACUCAGAGCACGGAGCAUGGGGACAACAAGAGGUAUCCUUGGGGCAUGGUGGGCACCCUCUGCCGUGGCACAGAGCGUCGCCUGGCCGAAUGCACGCGGGAGUCGCGAUAUCCGAACAUUUGCAAUGCCCGGAAUAGGAAUGUAACCGUCGUGGCAUGCGUAAAGCACUCGGCUGAUCUGGAAAUCGGCCUGGCCGACAUCGAAAGAUCCGCCCGCCUGGAGUCUGUUCCCAUGUCGCGACUCACCUGCGCCAUGGAGGAGCACUGCGUUUCGGCGGACGCGUACGUCAUACGGCAAACGAAGCCGCAUGCGGAGAGGAUCCUGCUUCGUUUCUCCGUCAAGGCCACCAAUGUGGGCAAUGCGGACGUGAGUCCGUAUGCCAACUACAAGGAUUGGGUGUGGCAUCAGUGCCACAGGCACUACCACAGCAUGAACGUCUUUGCCACCUUCGAUGUGUACGAUUUGACGUAUAGGAAGGUUGCCCAGGGGCACAAGGCCUCCUUCUGCCUGAUGGAUACCGAGUGCAAGCCAGGCCACACCAGGAAGUACACCUGUGGCAACACCACACAGGGCAUCUCUGUUGGCUGUUCGGAUACCUACACCGAUGUCCUGGACUGUCAGUGGGUGGACGUGACCCGGGUGCCCGUCAAUCGACGAUAUAUCCUGCGGGUGGCCCUCAAUCCUGAGUACAAGCUUGGCGAAAUAUCCUUUGAGAACAACGGAGCAGAAUGCACUCUCGAUUAUACGGGCGUGCAUGAAACCACGAGGAUUUUCAACUGCCGGCGUUCGCCAUUGUGGUUUAAAAUAUAAUUUAAGUUAGAACUCAGAUAGUUUUAGCCUGGUGAUGUGGUAUAAAAUAAAAUAUAACUUGUAAGAUAGCUACUUUGGGUAACUUUUGUGUAGAGGAAUAAAAGUGAUA